UCACCAUUUCCUUCACUAUCUCCAUCUCAUCUCCAUGUAAUCUUCAUCACCGUCUCCCCACCAUAUUCAUCUCGGUUCCACCGUCGUAAAUUUAUGGACGGAAGUUUACUUACGGGAAUGAUGAUACAUGGGAUUCAAAGUGUCGAUGGCGGAGAUGAAUGAGGAGGAGCAGAUUGGACACCGUUAAAGACGAGAUCUUGGUGGUAUGUGCCUUGCAAAGUCUGAUGUCGGGCACACGUCGAUCUCUUUUGGUGGUGAAUUCAAUCUGGUUGGUGAAAUAGGAAAUUGAAUUUGUUCCCAAAAAUAAACGGAUCUCGAAUAUCCGCGGAUAUCCGGUUUUUUCAUGGAUAUUCGAAAUCCGGAUAUCCGAGGUUUACGGAUCCGGAUGCGGAUCCUAAAACUACAUAUCCGCCGGAUACGGAUACGGAUCCAGAUACUCCAAAAAACCCGGAUAUCCGGAUCCGUAGCAGGCCUAAUGCUAUGUACAGCCUUUUGUUUAUGACUAGAAAUCGUAAUUUUUAUUGAGUUACGAUAAUAAAACAAAUUUGUUUAAGUUAAUUU